AUGGAAGGUUCUACACCAACUAAAGAUUUGAGUGAGCUUCAGUCCACCAUGCGAGCCAUCGAAUACGCUUGCUCUUCCAUUCAGACGUCUAUUGUUAUACCUGCAAUGCUUGUGAUGCAUAUCAAUCCAGGAGCUUCUGAGGCAGUUAUUUUGUCAUUAGGCCAGUCUUCUCAGCCAUAUGAGACUUGCGAAUUCAUUCUUGAAAAUUCCCAGGUUGCAACUGCAAGGUUUCAAGCGGCUGCAGCAAUCCGAGAAGCAGCUAUUAGGGAAUGGGCUUUUCUUAGUGCUAAUGCCAAGAGAAACUUGAUAAGUUUUUGUCUAAUCUAUAUCAUGAAGCGUGCUAGUUCUCCUGAUUUCUAUGUUCAAGCAAAGGUUUCUUCCGUGACUGCACAGUUGAUGAAAAGGGGUUGGCUUGAGUUUAUGGCAGGAGAGAUGGUGGUUUUUUUUAAUCAGGUGAACCAGGCUGUUGUGGGUAGUCAUGGCAUAGACAUGCAGUUUGCUGGAAUCAAAGUCCUUGAAUCAUUGGUAUCCGAAUUUUCUCCAUCUACUUCAAGUGCUAUGGGCCUUCCAAGGGAGUUUCAUGAGCAGUGUAGGAGAUCGUUUGAGAAGGACUACCUGAAGGAAUUCUACCGAUUGACACAAGAAGCUGCUUCAAGACUCACAAAAAAGAUUAUUGAAUCUGACUCUGUUGUACCUGAGGCUAAAGUUUGCACUGCUGCACUGGAUCUCAUGCUUCAAAUCCUGAAUUGGGAUUUCCGUAGCAAUACCAGUGACACAAAGAAAAAUGUAAAUGUCUUUUCUGCUGGAGUUAGACAAGAUGGGGAUUCUCUCAAAAGGUCUGAAUGUCACCUAGUGCAGCCUGGUUCAGACUGGCGUGAUGUGUUAAUUUUAAGCGGUCAUGUUGGAUGGCUUUUGAGUUUUUAUGCAGCAUUGAGGCUGAAAUUUUCAUGUGAAGGAUACUGGCUUGACUGCCCUAUUGCAGUCUCUGCUCGAAAGCUAGUUGUACAAUUUUGUUCUUUGACAGGACCUGUAUUUCUUUCUGAUUAUGGCAAAAUUCAUGAGCAACAUCUUCUGCAGCUCCUAUCUGGCAUAAUGGGGUGGGUAGAUCCUCCUGAUGCUGUUUCAAAAACUAUUGAAAAUGGGAAAAGUGACAGCGAGUUCCUUGAUGGCUGCCGUGCAUUAUUGGCCAUUGCAAGUGUAACAACUCCCCAUGAUUUUGACAGUUUGCUAAAGUCUAUGAGGCCCAUCGGUACUCUUACCUUUUUGUCAAUGUUGAUGUCUGAAGUUAUUAAAGUCCUCAUGACUAGUAACACAGAAGAGGAGACUUGGAGCUGGGAAGCACGUGAUGUUUUAUUGGACACUUGGACUGCCAUUCUAACGCCAAUAAAUACAAUCAAUGUGAAUGCUUUGCUUCCGUCUGAAGGGAUAAAAGCUGCUGCCAAUCUCUUCAGCUUCAUUGUAGAGUGCGAGCUACGAUUGGCCUCUGCAACAGCAUUUAAUGAUGAGGGUGAUUCAGACUAUCUUCAUGCUUCUGUAUCUGCCAUGGAUGAAAGGUUAAGCUGCUAUGCGCUUAUUGCAAGAGCUUCUAUCGAUGUUACAAUUCCUUUGCUCACAAGAGUAUUUUCAGAGCGGGUUGCACGCCUUAAUCAGCAAUCAAGGAAAGGCAGGGGCAUUAUUGACUUGACUGAAACAUUGGAAGAACUUUAUUCAUUGUUGCUGAUUAUUGGUCAUGUAAUUGCAGAUGAAGGGGAGGGAGAACUACCACUGGUUCCUAAUACGAUACAAACCCAGUUCGUUGUUGAUGUUGUUGAAGCAGAUAAACAUCCUGUUAUUUUACUUUCCAGCUCAAUCAUAAAAUUUGCUGAGCAGUGCCUCAGUCCAGAAAUGAGAGCAUCAUUUUUUAGUCCCCGCCUUUUGGAGUCAAUUAUAUGGUUCCUUGCAAGGUGGUCUCGGACAUAUUUGAUGUCUUCUGAUGGGAUUGGGGAGAAAAUAUUAGAUUCAGGUCAUCAUCAUGAGAAUAGCUCAAAAAAGACUUUGCUUUGCUUCUUUGGAGAGCAUAGCCAAGGAAAACUUGUUCUUGAUAUUAUUGUUCGUAUAGCUUUCAUCACACUUACAUCAUAUCCAGGAGAGAAGGAUUUGCAGAAUUCAUGGCAUGAACUAGCAACCUCAUUUUCCACUGAAAAGACUUUGAUCUUGUUGGACACUGCUCAUCAACGAUCUCUUGCACAAACACUUGUUCGUUCAGCUUCAGGCAUGAGAAAUUCAGACAUGUCUAAUCAGUAUGUAAGAAAUCUCAUGGGUCCUAUUGCCACAUACAUAGUGGAGAUAUCCAGCAAGAGUAAUGUUAGAAGUAUUGCCCAACAACCAGAUAUUCUCCUUACGGUCAGUUGCAUGUUAGAACGGUUACGUGGAGCUGCAAGUGCUUCUGAACCUCGGACACAGAAGGCUAUUUAUGAACUAGGAUUCUCUGUAAUGAAUCCCAUUCUAGUUCUUCUCGAAGUUUAUAAACAUGAGUCUGCAGUUGUCUACCUGCUACUUAAAUUUGUGGUUGAUUGGGUCGAUGGACAAAUUACAUACUUGGAGGCCCAAGAAACUGCUGCUGUUGUUGAUUUCUGCAUGCGUUUGCUUCAGUUGUAUUCAUCUCACAAUAUUGGCAAGAUAUCACUAAGUCUGUCAAGCAGCUUACUUAGUGAGGCUAAAACAGAUAAGUAUAAAGAUUUGCGUGCUCUUCUCCAACUUCUCUCAAAUCUUUGCUCGAAAGACAUGAUUGAUUUUUCGUCAGAUUCCAUUGAAGCCCAAGGCACUAACAUAUCUCAGGUGGUUUACUUUGGUCUUCACAUGGUCACACCAUUGAUUUCUAUGGAACUCUUAAAAUAUCCCAAACUUUGUCACGAUUAUUUUUCUCUCCUUUCACAUAUUUUGGAGGUUUAUCCUGAAACAUUUGCGCAACUAAAUAGUGAAGCUUUUUCUCAUAUACUUGGAACCCUUGAUUUUGGUCUUCACCAUCAGGAUGCAGAUGUGGUUAGUAAGUGUCUUAGAGCUCUGCAAGCUCUUGCUUCUUACCACUACAAGGAGACUAGUAAUGGUAACAUAGGCUUGGGUGCCCACACUUUGGGUCUUAAGGAUUCAACUGGGAAUGUUCAGGAAGGUCUUUUGAGCCGUUUUCUUCGUUCAUUGCUGCAGCUCCUCCUUUUUGAGGAUUAUAGUUUGGAUAUAGUCAGUGUUGCAGCGGAUGCUCUCCUCCCAUUAAUCCUGUGUGAGCAAGGCCUGUUUCAGAUAUUGGGGAAUGAAUUGAUAGAGAGACAGCCAAAUCCAACUCUCAAAUGUAGGCUAGCAAAUGCAUUGCACAAACUAGCAAGUGGAAAUCAGCUUUCUUCCUCUCUUGAUCGAAUAAAUUACCAGAGAUUUAGGAAAAAUCUUAAUAGCUUCCUAGUUGAAGUUCGUGGAUUUCUGAGGACCAUGUGA